CGCAUGAUCAAUCUCGACUUGAUGGUUCUCGUUCUUGACCAUUUUUUUGAUAUGAUUUUUUUUUGAAUUGCUACCUACCUGCCCACAACGGCCCUAAGAAUUUGAUGCUUUGGCAUUUGAUAGCUACAUUAGUCAUAAUUGCGAGCCAAUUUGAGCCUGUUACUUUUCGUAGUGCACCACGCUCAUGUAGUCCAUCUACUUGAUGUUGAAUAAAGAUUAGACGACCCCGACCGAGGCAUAAGGAAUAUUAACUACAACAAUGGCAGAUCCCUCCGAUGCCGCAGGAGGUUCCUCGUGGUUCCCAUUCUUGUUCUCGAGAACCCAGGAGGGAAAUCGUGCUUCUGGGAGAGGGUCCGAAAGAAGCCAACUAAAUGCGGUGAGCUAUUUUGCACGCGGUGGACCAGGUGCCGCUCCGCUAAUCAACGAAGAUUCUCCUACUCGUGGCUUGGUGGUUCGACCUGGUUCGACGACCACCGUGCCUUCUCCUGCUGCUGGUGGUAAUACUACUGUCGCCGCGGCAGGACCAGCUGGUCAUGUUGAUUCGACAGCAAGAGGACCUCCACCUGGUGCGACGCCACUGUUGUCACCAAGUAAUCCAAAUAGUGUUGGACAUGGAGAAGUACUACAACAACCAGAAGCUGCUCGUCCUCCUACUAGUCCUGACGGGGCGCGAAGCAGCACGACUCCGCAAUGGCGCGAACUUACACGUUUGAACGGUAUGCGACCCUCUGGCCCUGAGGGAUUGCUGGUGGCAGACAUGAGCAGUCCCUACUACGUACCUGCGAAUCCAGUAGUGUUACCUACUAGUGCACCAGGUGCUGGCAUGGGAAAUAAUGUGAAUGUUGCGCAACUUAAGGCUUCACCACUGUGCUGGGUUUACUGGAAUGAAGAGGGCUGGGUUUACUUACAAGAGAUCCAACAAGUCGUUUAGUCGAGGGAGAAAAUUGAAAACCUUUUAUUUAAUUUUAAAGGAGUAAAAGUAACUAAGUACAACUCAUCUAUUUUUACUCUGUAUUUGAGAGGUAUUCGUGUAUGUCUACGUGUUUCAAAUACACGGAUUGAUCAUUCAAUAGUCAUCAGGACCACGAAGUCCUCAACACUUUCUGUCGCAUCUAAGAAACCCGUUGGCUACGUCCUCACGAGGCCUCAAGUACGAGCUCCAUAUGGCGGACCAACAUUGCUGUAUAAUUACGACAGCGGCAGCCUCAUUCCCCACCAAAGCCCCAGCUGGCAAGUGCACGGGCUCACUGUCUGGUGUCGAAUGCAACAACUGCCUGUUACUGUCUGGGUUUUGGCGUAUACUUACUCCAUAAUUCUAUACAUAGAUACAUAGUUUACGAACCAGCCUGAAGAUCUUACUCCACGCUCCUAUUUGCAGGAUCUUCUGCGUGUUCUGCUCUUGAUCUUGUCCAUUUUUGUUUAGGAACUUCAUCUAGACGACCUAGAAGUUAUUGAGAAACUUCAUCUUCUUCUACACGACCCAGUGGUCCUAGAAGGUGCUUAGAUGAAGGAACUAUUAUUUGCCAAACGAGAAUAAUUUUCUUUGUGUACAACACUACAGUGACACCUCGACGAGUUUGCCUGGAGAGCGUGGGUGGCCUGUGACGCAGGAAAUGCGGACGUUGGGUGAAGGAAGACACGUCCGAGUCGAAACUGGUCAUUUGCCUCCACCCAAUACGUUUUUCCAUCGAUUGAGGAUACCACAGAGUAUCAAAAGAAGUGCCAUCGCGAAAAGUGGCUACAUCGAAGUGUGCACCUUUUUGGAUUACUUCAGCAUUGUACUUCAUCGAUGGACGACACGCUGCAAGCAGCGACGGUUUCCACCACGGUUGUCCUUGAUAUGCCAUGUUUUCCGUGUUUUUCUCGUCUUGCUGGACUGGCUCACGGGUGGAGGCGUAUUUGGCGGCGGGAAAAGCAGUAUUUUGCCGACUGGGAAUGUUGAAAGUAGUGGAAGCACCACUGGAGGAUCUUCUUCUCCAAGAACAAGAAACAACUACAAUGAGAACAAGAUAUCCACCUCCAGCAGUUCUAGUUGUUCUAGUUCUAGAUCAUGUGGGCUCUCAUUCGAGGAAGCCGAACGAGAGUUGCCUCAAGUGAACUACAGAGAAGUGCCUUUGCUUCCGACAACGCGAAGUUUUGAGCACUUUGAUGUGUAUCCAGGACACGACCAAGUAUUCUCAAGGUCACCUUUGAAUUGCAGGUUUCUGGCUGAGAAACGCCUUGCUUCUACUUCUGGUGGAGGUCGAGGUGGACACACGAGUAGAAUAAAUAAGAUGACACAAGCUACAGCUGCACGCUUAGUCCAAGGAAGCGGUUUGAUCAAUCAAGACGAUGCUUCGCAUAAGCUCGUGAAUCAAAUGCAUGGUGGAGGUCAAGGAGUGUCAUCUCCAAGUCAAAAGAGCAGGACAAGGACUAGGCGAUCGAUGAAUAGUCCACCACGAAACUAUGCCUACUACGAUUAUGCUAAUGCCAGAACAGGGACCACAGGGGGAUCUUCUUCAUCAUCUGCGAUAGGCCCAUCGGGUUCUGGACCAUCCAAUCAUGGAGGCGCACCAGAAGCACUUCUUACUACCGACGUUUUAGGAACGAUUCAUGAGAAUGCUGCAUUUGUGCCUGAAGAUCUCCAGUGGCGUCGGCAUGACGUCCAGUUGCGACAACACUUCAAUGAACUACACCUAUGCUUGCCGCAGUCCGAUCUCGCUCGUAUCGAUGGACGAUUUGCCGCAAAUGAACCGACCAUCCCACAUCAGAGAAGGCCGCUGCCGACAGCCGCCGCAACCGCUGAAGCAGAAGGUAGAUCGCCAGAGCUAGAAGAUGAUUACGACGUUUUUCUCCACGACGCGGUGCACGCGCGGGAUAUCACGGGGCGAACGGGCUACGACUUGUCGGAUACGUUUGUUAGAGAACUGAUUUCGACGUUCUUCCGCAAUCAAAUGUUGAGACUCAACUCUGGCUUGUCGCAUCUCGGAAAUAACGCUGCUGGGAUUGCGAUGAGAGCAAGGGCACUAGAGAGGAUGGAACAAGCUACAGACGUCCUCUAUGGACCGGUGGCUCAACAAGAAGGUUCCGUACAGGAUGAGCCAUCAUCUUCUAGUAAUCUCGUAGGAGGAGGUGGAUCAUCCUCCUUUCAGGAAGUAGAUCCGCAAGUUUCUGCAGGUCUCGGAGUAGUCAGUCCUGGUCUUCGAUCCCCUUCUCCGCGACGCGGAGGUAUGAGGGGAAGUAGCAAUCGGGGAGCAGCAUCUGCUAAUCAUUACGUGGCAACAGGAGGACGUCCUCCUCCUCCAACAAGAACAAAUGCAGUAAAUCUACCAACUUCUAUCAAUGCCACGACGAACAGCACAGGACCUUCUUCUUCGAGAACAGCAGUUCCUUCUAGAUCUCGUUCUCGUCUAGACAUAAUAGCAGAAGAAAGGGGCUUUGAUGACAGCACAUCGAGAACUUCUACUUAUACUGCAAAAGCAAAACAUAAACAAGGAGCACGUGGAGGUGCUGGCCGUGUCCCGCUCAGAAUCCACCAUCCGGAGGCAGACGUCUAUAGCUUUCGACUCGACCAGACUCCACACUUCGUCCUUGGUGCACAUCCACCGCGUUAUGCUCGCAUCGAUUACCUAGUGCGAAACGCUGGUCCUGAUCCAGGUGCACCUUCGCGGGUUAUCGUGAACACGGGACGGUCAAUACCAAGGCCAGGAGGGACGAUGGCAUCUACUUCUAGUAGCAUCUCGUCUACAACGGAAGCACAGGGUCAGGGUGGCAGUGGUGAAAGCAUCGACCCUGCUCCGAAUGUAGCAGCGAGUACAACUCCCACUAACUACACAGGAACAGCAGGGCACAACUACGAUGAACAAACUGGCACACCUGACAGAACAGGAGAUGAUGCAGCUGGAGCUGGUGUCAGAGACUCAUCUAUGACCGUGGGGGAGAUGGCAGCGGCUGUGGCGCAGGAAUUAGAGUUGGACCCUGUGGUCGUUGAUUUAGGUCCAGCUGCCAACGAGGACGAACUCACUCCGGAAGAUGAAGGAGGGAUACCAUUUUCGUCCAAUGGAGGUGGAUCAGGGCAUGCUCAACAGAGACGUCGUGCGAGAGCAACAAUGCUUACAAGGCCUGAAGCCGGUAGAAGAAGUACUAUAAUAGAAGGACGAGAUUCUCUUUUUCAUUUUCGCGGCCUGGAGGGUUCUUCAUCUCCAGGUGCCUUGCCAACAGGAGCCGGCCCACCUCCAUCAGCCUCAUCCUCCAAACAAGUAAAAAUACCCACCGCACCAGCAGAGACCACUACCUCUCCAACUAGAAGACCCCCUCGUCGUCGUCCUUUCCGACGUCGUCUAAAUAGUGAUCCUAUCCCAGCAGUUCCGACUUUCAUGAACUUCGUCGACGCAGUAUGGACCGCGAGACCUCAAGCAUUGAAUUGGAGUGACGUCAUCGGGAUUUGGAAUCGCAGACAGCAAAGAUUGCGGGAAGUCAGGUACCGAAGGGAAGCAGACAGGUUUGUGCAGAGUGACAAGAACAAUAUUAAGGCUCAGCUUUCAAUGGUCAUAGGGGUUGGUCACUGAGAUCGAAGAAGCGACCCCUUUAGAGAACAGGGGAAAAGGAAGGGAAAGGGGAGAGCUUUGAAGGGGGUCGCUUCAGUUCAGCAUCAGUGACCAUUGAAUGGCGCGCUUUAACAAUAGGAGCAGCACCGGUGCUGGAUACAUUAAUGAUAGUCAAUCUACUUCUCAACAUCAAAAUCUAUUUCCGAGAACGCAAUAUGGAGGAAGUAGUUCUUCGUCAUGCGGAGCCCUAUUUUCUCACGAGUUCGACAGACCUAAUGCAGAACAGAUGCGAGCAACUUCGUGGCGACGACAGGCAUAUUACGGAGAAGGAGAGGAGGUGAAUCCACGUGGAGUCUUCUACAAUCCCGUUGCUGAUCCUAGACAUCCGGUCUUGUCGUCUUCUAUGAAUGUGGCUGGUACUGCCGAGACUCAUGGAGCAGGAGCAGGAGUUCCGUCUUUAGGAGCUUCGCCACAACAAGCGCAGACUUCUCAGACAGGACAUUCUGGGGGCGGUUCAUCUUUUCCCGAACAAAAAGAUGCAGCAUCCGAUGCUACCCGUUCGAGAGGUUUGCUCGUGAGCCAGGGUGGUUCGUCAGCGGAUCAGGAGGAAGGUAGCAAUAUGGAAAUGUUAGAAGGAGCUAUGACAACGGCCACGCCUGCUGCAUUUUCCUCGAUUGCUGAGGCCGACGCGCGAUCUGCGCCCUCAAGACGACAUUUGACGCCUAGCGAGUCGGCGGCUAUUCAUCCCAGCCCUGCUCCGGGUGGAGGCGGUGGGAAUAUCAAUCGUGGGGCCUCGUCGUCUUCUAGAGGUGGGCAGGUAACUUUUGUAGAGGGAAAUGAGAUCCAAGUUCGUGAUGGAACAAAUUUGGCACAAAAUGGCGAUGAUGGAAACUUGGUUCCUCCAGACGAGGCUGAUGAAAGUGAAGAUGCUCGUGAAGUUGGGGAUGACGACGAGAUCGCUGUAGAGGUCCAGGGAAGUGGCCAAGACGGUGGCGGAGGAUUUGCGGAUGAUCAUACUCUAUCGUUGCAUGCGGAAACGAUAGAAGCUCUCGUACGAAAGAUCUCAGACGAACGCCGAGCUCCUUUCAUCUCUCCCCGUUGCGAUCCGUCCUCGCAACUCACUUUUUUCCUCGUUUUCCUCCUCUGUUUCGCGUUCAGUGCUGCAGGACCAUUCGUCGGAUUGCUGUCCUUCCUCUUCUGGCAUGUGGAAGCCACCAUGGAUCCAGUUGCAGACCGGGAGGGCAUAGCAGAAAGCUACUUUCUGCUCAACUUUCUAGUCUUGUUUUUCGGACGAACGUUAGCGUCCUGGGUCUGCUUUUACGAAAUGUCGAGGAUCGUCUUGCAGCGGGGAUGGGAAUACAAGACGGCUCUGUUGGACCCAGAACAGCAAGAAAAACGGAAGCUCUUUGCUGGAGCUGGUGCGGCAGGAAAAACCUUUCCUGAGGCUGGGAUUCAAAUGGGAGACAAAAUAACUGGAUCAGGAGAAGCGAACGACACUGGGUCAUCUUCUCAUUCUCUAGGAGGAUGUGGACGAGGAGCAGUAAUGGGAACCCUUGGAGGUCUUGGAAGUGGUUUUACAUACAUACCAUUGUUAGAACAAAGCCAGCAAGGGCAGGAGUUGGCUUCGCCAACUUCGAGAUCUACUUCCUCUUCUAGUAUCCUUUUGCGUCCAGAGCCUCCAAACCCUCUAGACUUGGUCGAUGGGACGAUUGUGCCAGGCGAAGUGACGUCCUUGUACUUCAAGCUGCUCUGCUACGUUCGCAUUAUAUGCAGUGCUGAAGUUAAGAAUACAUCAUCUUCAUAAUCUUGUAGAGCAUGUACUAUUAAAGCCGAUGUUGUUGCAUAAUGUUCAUUUUGAUUUGCUCACUGACGCCUCGUCAGGUUGAUGAACAAGAGAGCAAACUGAAUAAAGAACAUACAUUGAUUUGGUAAGAAUAAGAAACGCUCUUGAUGUUGUAGAAGCACCUCCUUCCUUGUUCACAACUCCUGCUAUGUAUGCCCCCUCUAAUAACAGCGUGGGUCAGCUAAUCGCGACCUACUACUUGUCGUUCGUCCUCUUUUCCUUUUCGCAGUGCGACUCGGUCGUGUACUGGACGUGCCUCCCUCUGCUGAUUUACUACGGUGCGCAGCCGUACGUCAUGCUCUUUCUCUUCCUAUGGCUUUUCCUCACGUUCUGGUUUGCCUACGUGUGGAUCGUGCUCCUCGACUUUUCGGGUGGACCUUUCUUGCAGGGUCUGUUGUCGCUUUUUGUGGUCACGGAGACGCCGAAUACUAGCUCGAUUGAAAAAGACGUGUUGAAAAAAAUUCCAGUGCGGCUUUAUUCCGAUGUUGUGCGUGAUUUCCCGAGAGACAUGCAAGAGGAAGUAGCGCGAGUAAGGCGCCAACGCAGCUCAUCGGGUGCGGGGAGCAAGAGACCAUCGAAGGAGUCGACGAUAAUCUGCUUAUGAGGAGAACUUGUGCUGCUCCUGCUACUUAGUUGGAUUAAGUUGUAAAAGAUCAAAAUGAAUUAGACUGCUAGCCUUUAUCAGAAAAGUAGCUGUAAUAACAUUUUACAUCAUCAACUACUAAAAUGAUUUUUUUGAAUGACUGACAACUACGCCACAUGAUGUCAACAUCAUGAUGUUGAUCAUGCUUCUUCUAAUCUCUCCUCCCGUAGGAACAUCAAGCAGCAAUGUCGUGGUUCCUGAUUUGCAGAGACAAGUAUCUGGUGGCCUGUCCAAUGCAGCACUUCCACCUGGAGAGAAUCUAGAACCUGGUCCAGCCACACAGUGUAGUAUCUGUUUCACGGAGUUCGAGGAGAAUGAUUACGUUAUCCAAUCUCCGUGCUUUGCCUACCAUGUUUUUCAUCCGGAGUGUAUAACCGAUUGGUGGAGACAGAGCAGGCUUUGCCCGUUGUGUCGGACAGACAUACCAGAAAAGGUGACUGGGCACAAGUUUCGUCGCGGUUAUCGAUGGCGAUUUGCAGCGGCAGGCAAUGCUGGUGGAGAACAACAAGGCGGAGGAGAGGGUCCACAAACCGGUGCUGGUGUUGAUACGGGAGUUGAAGGAGGUCGCGAUGCUGGUCUCGUCCACGACAACAGAGACGGAGAUGCUCCUGCAUUUGCUAACGUUACAACCAACUUCAAUGUAGCGUCAGGAGGAGCAAAUGAUGGUGCAAUUGCUGAUACGCCAGGUGACUAUGAUGAAGAUCCGUAUCAACCAGGUCCAGUGGAGGUAGUGCUGAACAUGCCGAUCAACGAGGCGGUGAUGGAAGGAUGAAGAUCUCGGAGAAAACAGAAAACCAUACGUACUUACAUCAGAUGAACUCCAAGUCCAAUGUGAUUUUCUCAGAUCAUUACGAAUGCGCUGAGCUUGAUGAUGCACCUUAUAUUAUCGAUUUUUCAUGAUCAAACGUAGAGAUUAGUUUUUCAAAAUUUAUUGAGUGGAAUCAACAAGAUGAAUGCAGAUCGAUGCAUAUCAUCGCAAACAUACAAAGAUGCCACUGGUACUACUACUACUAGGUUGUAGUGAUUGCUUACGCAGCUGCACUUAACUGAGUAAGUACUUCCUUGAAGUAUCCCUACAGUAGUUGUAUUAUAUGUCCAAGCUGUAUUGUCGGAUUGUCUAUGUGAUCCAAUGUGAAACAAGAUCCUAGCAGGUACAACGAAACAAGAUGUUCGGCGAGACUUCUCUGAUUAAUAUACCUGCCAUGGUUGGUGAG